ACAGAAGAGCUAUUGUUAGGUCGACUAGUCCGCAGUCAGCAGUAACUACCCUCUGUGUCUUCCAUUCUCACUGGAUCUACGAUGGCUGACGCUCGAUAUAUGGUCGCGAUGGCUCUGUGGGCGUGUCUCGCGGGCGCCCUCGAAGCAGCCGCCCUCCCCGCUGCCGGACCGAGGGCGGAGGCGGAGGCGGAGCCGGAUCCUUUCCACCUCGGGUUGGGGCUGCCGUUGCUUGGAGGGCUCUACGGAGGCUACGGGGGCUACGGCCUCGGUCUUGGCCUCGGGGGUCUAACUGGUCUCGGCCUCGGCGGUCUGGGAGGCUUCGGUCUCGGAGGACUGGCCAGCCUCCACGGACUCAACGGUCUCUAUGGUCUAGGCAGCUUGGGUCUCGGCGGUUUAUAUGGGCUCGGUCUGGGCCUCGGGCUGGGAUGGUGAGAUGCCGGUAAAUCGAAAUUCUUGAGGCCAUUUCGAGAGCUUCUCAACGCGUAUCAACUCAUCAUUUCCUUCUCGUCUUGUUCGUAGCUCUUAUAAAGCCAUUUUCCUAUUUUCCUGGAAGAAAAAAGUCAGUAUUGGAAGAAUUAUUUGUCGGCGCGCAAGGUAUCCUGUUCAAAACGGCUCAGCGCGCGACGUGAUUGGCUAGGAAGUUUGGGCAGCGCGCGACGUGAUUGGCUAGGAAGUUUGGGCAGCGCGCGACGUGAUUGGCUAGGAAGCUCGGGAAUUCGUGCCUAGUCAUUGGUCAGUUGGUUUGAAUUUGGAGCACGGUGAUUGGUUGGGAGAGACGGUGACGCGACAGUCCGGGUGUGACGCAGGCUCCUGAUUGGUCGAUUUGAUAAGUGUGCUGAACUUUUAAUUGGUCGGACUUUUUUUCUUUCCUGUAACCGUCAUUUCUUUUAAACGAACCAGAAACACGUGAUUAAACUGUGCUAGUUGAAUGUGGCAAUAUUUCAAGUUAGAUAAUGGCAUAUAUAACCGAGUUUUUCAAAGUUGCUUAAUUGGUUUAAUUUUAAAUUUACAAUAAACCCAGAAAAAAUAAAAACAAGGAUACGAAAUCUAACGAAGGUUAAAUUUGCAAAACAAAUAAAUGCGAUUUUUUUAUUUAAUUGAGAAAGCGAUUUAACAACAUCAACUUGCAUAAUAUAAACCUUUGUCUGUCUGCAAUACUCCCUGUGUAUGAUUUCCCACAUGCAAAUUAUGUUGUCAAAUGUGCUUUCUACCUUUUUAUCUGUGUUAAUUUUGCAUAAGUUCCUCCUUGAUAAUAACAUUUCCCAUUAAAACUAAGAAAAAUUAAUUCCUCAAAAUUCCAGUAAAAAAAAAGUAAUAUACUUUUUAAAAAUCUACAUAAAACAACAUAAUAAAAGAAAAUUUACUGAAAAACUAAUGCAAAUUUGAAAAGAUAAUUAAAUAUUUAUAUGCCAACCAAUACGUCUUUUGAUAUAUACAAAUUAAGAAAUAUUGUACGUGAAUAUAGUAGUUUGUAGUUCUAUUUCUGUUAUUCUUUUCUCUAAACAUUCUUUACCUUAUUUAUACAUAGUUUUAUAUUUGACAUUUCAUGAUAUAUGAAUGUUUGAAGUGACUCCCAUAAGGUUGAUUUUAGAGCCUGGAAGAA